GCCAGAUAUAAAAAAAAUUAUAGCGAUGCGGCGCGCGCUUCUCAUCACGUGCGCCUUGGCCUACGGUCAGGACCAAACGUGCGUCGACGACCCGACCUGGGUCAAGAACGGGGACGAGCCGUGGAAGGACUGCGCGUGGGUGGCCGAGUUCAUCCCGACGCGCUGUGCGGUGCGCGGCGCCGACGGGCGGGACGCGCGGGAGGCGUGCCCGCGUGCCUGUGAAGAGCUGUGUGGAAAUCAGGCAGUGCGUCGGGUGUACCCGACAAUUCUGCACUAAGUCAUUUCUCGGCGACGACGCGGCCGUCCUGGCUCGGUCGAGCGGUGAGGAACCGGCAUCGCCACGCCAUCGAGCAGGCGUCGCGUCGAUGACGUGUAGAGAUUGACGCGACGAUCCAGCACGCGCCGUAAAAUUCUGAUUUCCACACAGGUGAAGAGUGCUUCCCGUUCGCGCCGACGGCAGUGCCGUCUGGCAUUCCGACCUACGAGCCGACCACGGCCGCGCCGUCGGACCUGCCGACGGCCGCGCCGACGGCGGCGCCCUACGCACCGUCAGCAGUACCGACGGUCUGUCCGCAUAAGGAUGACGAGGACUGGUACAAGACGGGCGAGCCUUCCAAAAACUGCGACUGGGUCUCGGAAUUUACGCCAACGCGGUGCGAAGCAGUGCACAAAUCAAAUUCGCGGCUGAAUCACACUGGGUGA